AUGCCUCCGUCACUUCGAAACCAGCCGUCUUUCAGCCGUCCAAGAACAUCAGAUAGAGAUGGUCGUCCCACUACGAGGGAUGCUAGUGACAACCCGCUACCCAUCCCUAGCAGGACGUCUUCUCUUCAUAGCCGGAUAACCCAGCCCAUCCCAUCCACGUUGAACAUGAAGAUGCAGCAAAGAACACCAAAAACUCUCACUCACGCAUAUCUAGUAUGUGGAGUGGGUAGAGAGCCUUCUCAAUGGGUCAAGGCUCCAACACCAUCUCAGGGCAAAAUCACGCAUAUUAAGGGGGCUGUCAACCAGUUCUGGUUGCCAGAAAUUCUAGGAAGUAGCCCAAGGCUAGAGCAGGACAAUGACAUUGCUCGCGCUCUGCACGCUGCUAUGAGGGCUUGUUUCCCACACGAUGUUGAGAUCUGCACCGGACGUACUCAACCACAUUGCGUUCAUCACACUUUUGUACUGCAGCAAGACUCUUCUCACACCCUGUAUGGAAUAGCAUUGCGGGUGUGGUCGAGGGCAGAUGAAAAACGUGCCGAGACAAUUCGCGAUCUCCGGAAACGGAACGAACCCGACUAUUAUGAUUCGCCGGAUGAAACUUACUGGAUUCCAUAUGCCUUGAGUUUCUUGUCUAGAUAUCCACUCUUCAAUCUUUUGGGUGAUUACCUGAGGGGGAUGUGGAUUCACUGGAACAAGGCUACAAACUUGUUUCAUGCCGAGGAGGUUUCACGAAUUUUGAGUUUCCCCGCUCCUCGCCUUAACGACCUUGUGCGCAUCGAUAUGAAAGACUACGCUCUCUGCUACCAAUUCCCUUCGUCGCCAACAGGCUUCCAGAAUUUUGCUAUGUGGCCCCUUUUCUGCUGUCUAUCAAUUCCCAAUAUCGUGGGUGUAAUUGAAGCUGCUCUUUCUCCUACUCGCCGAGUGAUUUUUGUUAGUCACUACCCUGCGAUGCUCACUGCCGCAGCAGAAACAAUUCGUUACUGCGUAAGAGUAUAUGAGUGGAGUGGUCUUUAUGUUCCUGUAGUACAUGCACGUCAUGCCAAGGACCUUGUGCAAGAGCCUGGCCCAUAUAUUUUGGGUUUCACCGCUGAAUGCCGAAGUCUUUUUACUGCACCGAGUGACGCGCUUGUUAUCGAUCUAGACAGAAAUUUUGUCCUCACAUCAUCACCGCCAACGGCACUAUCUCAAGGCCAACGUAACAAACUGAUUUCACGGUUGACCCAGGCUCUUCAUGGCGAUGUAGCGAUCUCAGGUGUUCCAACACAUCUUCGCUCAGCGUAUGCCGGUGGUAAGCUUGUUCCUGCUGGUCAAAUUAUAGUCAUGCGCGGAGAGGUGGAAAGUAUCCAGGAUCCUGAGUGGUGGAACCAGGACGAUGUCAUGAGUGUUUUGGACCAUGUCUGUGAGAAGAUGGGCCGUAACACUGGUAUUAAGGCUCUCUUUGGUGGAUCCGUUAAAAAACCUUUGAUGACUAAAGUGUCUCUGCGACAUCUCAAUGAGAUCGUUCGUGAAAGAAAUCAGUACUCACGUGAUGCUAUGGAGGCGUGGCAAGACUUUAUCAAUCUCAAAGGCCGUAUGGAUACAGAGUUGCAGAAGGUUUCCAAAAGAAAUAACUUUCUUUUGGAAGAGGUUGAGAGCUGGAAACAGCAGUUCGAGAAAUUCCAGGCCUUUGCUGCGCAACUCACUAAGGAGGCCCAAGAGCUCAAAGCAAAGAUUGAAACACAUAAAAAAGAGAACCGUAGGCUCGUCAAUCUUAUUGAUCAACAAAAGGCGGACUCCGCUUCCCUCACUUUACGUUUGGCUGGUACAGAGAAGCAGAGGGAUGAAGCUCUUGAGGCCUUGGUGAUGCAGCAAGAGAUUGCUGAGCAGCUUGAGCGAGAGCGCAAGAGGAAUAAGAAGGAUCUUUCGGCCCUUCAUGACACCUCUGAGGCCAUCCUCCGCCAAAGGGAUGAAGCCCAACGAGUGGUUAUUCAUCUCCGUGCUCUCAUUGACGGACAGGCCCAUCAUAUGGAACACAUUGUCCGAUCAUUGAAUGACACCCCAGAAGUUGCUGGGUACAUCGAUGGCUCUAUUGAUGGCGACGGUAACGAAAGCGGCGGUCAGGCAACUGUCCGAGCUACCCCUAACCAGUCCAGAAGAUCAUCACGUGCAUCAUCAAGGACUACAUCACGCGCGAGUACUGUUGACGCCAGGGGUUUAGAUGUUGAUGAUGUCAAUCCAGACAUGGAAAGGCGCUUUUUUAAUAGUCCAACAUAUAUGAAGCGUUUUUCCCAGAACAGUGUCGCUGAUGUCGCGGAUCGUCAUCUGCGAGACAAGACCGAUGCAAUUGCAGACAUCAUCAGAAACAUCUCAGAGCAGUGUGCUGCCGCCGUCGAGGGCCUUCAUCUUGCACAGGCUGCAGCAACUCACGACAACCAUCCCAUGACGGAUUCUGAGGAUGAUGAUGAUGAUCACGAAUCGGUUUCAGAGCACGACUCCCGCCCAAAGCACCGUCACAGAUCUAGCAACGACAGUACACACCUAUUGAGGCCUAACGACGCUCAUUCAUCAAUGCCACCAACCCCGGAGCUCACCCAUCGGGCAUCAACCGCCAUGUCGAUGGCUUCAACAUUAUCGCCAGAACGCCAUUCUAUCUCUAUGCAAUAUCAUGAUAUUGAUAUACCGACAAGGAUUGUUGAGGCUGAAGAUGCCGAAAGUGCGCAGAAUGUCGAAGACUCCGAGCAGUACUUAGCUCUCCAGAAGAGUAUCAGCAUUCGGAACCGCUUAAGACCGCUUCUACUAGGGCGUUUAUCGUUAUGA